AUAAAUAGAAGUAAAUGUCCGUUACUUCUGCUAAUAUACCUUUAUAGGUAGCAACUGCAGAGAACGUUUAAAUUUCAAAUUUUCAAGGAAAACCUGCAGUCGUUAACCUUUGGGUGCGCGCGCACAGGGUAACCCCUGCUCCUAUGCAAUAGCUGGCAAACCUCAUAGGAGAGGUAACUCGCACUAGGCAAGUCUGGUGUGACGAGAUCGACCCAAAAGGCAAAGCCCUUGCUUUCGCGGGCAAGGGAUUUCGAACUUGAGACCUCCAGCAUGGAAGUGCCAAGCUCAAACCAGUGGGCCACCCCGAAGGGUCCAUGGCAAGAAUAUAAAAAACAUGUAUUGCGUCCAGCGUCUUCUAUUGUUGUUUUAAUCAUCGAGUGCAAGUAUGCACCUAUGUGAUCAUUUGUGUGUUUUGUGAACUUUAAUGUACUUCGUCUAUUUGUAAUAAAGUUAUUUACAGGCAACUCUUUUUAAAAUUUGUGUUAAAUAAGUAUUGAUGAAGUAGUGUUGAGUCACGAGUGUCUAAUGUCUAUCAUCUUUUAGAGUUUUAGUUACUGUUAGUGUACAUCUGUAAGCAUGCUUGUGGCUAUUUUCCGGUGCAUUUGUAUGUAGAGGACAUCAAAGCAUUUGAUCCUAAUGAGGCUUACAGUAAAUUAGUGACUACUAUCCAUCCUUUAUAAGUAUAAAUAAAUUAACUUUCUUUAAUUUUUUCCACUAUUUAUUAAAUUUGGUUAAACCGAACCUAAACUUACAAACCAGACCAAAUCGACCGAAUGCCCAACCUACUUGUGAGCUUAAAGUAGGUUUCAACAUAAUGACGAAAGAAUGCUUCAAAAUUGUGCCAUAUAUUGGAUUCCAAAAAUAAAAUAGUGUCAAAUGUAGGAAUAGGCAUAGGAUAUUAGCGUCCAGUCACAUGUUUUCUUUCUGCGGUGGACUAAGUUGCAUCGAUAGUAGGGAUCAAAAUGGAAGCUCUAUGAAAAUGCAUUUAACCACUGUGCUUCCAAUCAACAAGUAAUCUGGAUUAUUAUUAUGUUUUUUUUUUGAUAAAGUAAUUAGUUCUAUUGCAGGCAUCAAGUAGAUGUGUAAUAGUUACAAAAGCUUAGUAGAAAAAGGUCCGCGCUCCUUUACAUUGUUAAUUAAGAGUCAUGGAGCUGACGAAGUUCAGAAAUGAAUCAGGUGAAUCUAGAGAGGAUAAAUAAACCCAACUAUGACAGCUAUAGUAAUAUCAGACCCCGGGCAAAUGGGUGUGCGAGGGGAACAUUGUGCUUAUGUUCACCUAUGAAGCAUGGGCGCCGGGUUUUGGGCUGUGUAGUUGGACAAAGUUCAUGCAUCAGACACGCUCUGUACAUGUAUUCUUGUCUUUCUCUAUUUUGUGGACAACAAUUGAACACUUAUUAAGGCAAGUUAUGUUUUUAGAAGAAAAUCAGGGGCUUAAAGUAAGAAUUGAGAACUGAUGAAAAAACCUUGAGUAUAGAACCUGCAUCACUCAUGAGUUCUCAGCUUCUGUUAACUGCUUGCUUCUUAAGUUCUUAGAUCUUCUAUAUUUGAGUUCUCAGUAGGUCUAUUUUUCAGGUUCUCUUUUCUUGAUGAGUUCUAUGCUGUCUGUUUGAUACUUUGAUGAGCCUUUCCUCCUUCCCUGGUUUGAUUCUGGCUGCGCUGCUAUUUAAUUUUAUUGUAGACAUGCAUGCUACUUUUUUGCUAUGUCAAGGAUUUUUAUUAUGUGAUUUUUUGCAGAAUCUGAAGUCCAAUAGAAAAUAUGGGAUUAAGAUAUUGCAGAGUCAGGCUUUUCUUCUUCUAAGGCUGAGAAAAGCGUCACUUGGGUUGUGGUCUAGAACCCAUCACAGAGUAACUCAUAGGGCAUUCUGUUGUAUCUUACCUGUUAUGAUUGAUUUGAUGAUUAGGUGGUUUAAUAUGACAACAAGUUUGGAAGAGUCAUCAAAGAAAACUUCACGUCCUCAAUUGGUUGUAUUGAACAAGGCAUUCAAAUUGGCUGAGCAAUGGGUCAACAGUAUGGGUGACUCUUCUAAUGAUGCUAACCCAACUGUGGUUGUUCUAGAGAGUCGACCACCCAGACUUGGAAUUGGUGCUGCAGUUCCACGUCAAUCACAAACAGUACUCUCAAAUGACCCCGCUGAAAGAAGGCUACGUGCUAAAUUGGAUGCUGAGAAAAGAAGAAAAUUGAAGAGCUCUGAAGCAUCAACAGUAUCCGACAAAGACGGGAAAGUUGAUGAAGAAAGUGAUGAAGAUGAAUCAGAGAGCAAAUCAAAAGCUUUUACCAAGAAGAGGCCUGCACCUUUGCCCUCGACUCUGCAAGUAAAAAAAAAGAAGUGACUUUGCAUCAUCCAGCAAUGAAUACUUCGAGAUGUGCUGGAGUUCUACCAUAGUAUAAAAUUCUCCGCCGUCGUUUCUUGUGGCCAUUUUGUAUGUAGGGUGCAGUUUGUUUUGUCAGUGGUGUUUAUUUCUCAACAAAAUGUUCUCCCCCAACUCCCAUCUCCAGCGUGUGCGUUUGGUGACAAAUGCUUUUAGAGAACAUGUCAUUCUCUCAUUUUUGUUCUCUUUUGAUUGUAGUUAAUGGAAUGAAGUAAAUCUUUUCUGCAACGAUGCUCAAACACACAAAGGACACAUCAUAUUUGGUACUUUUAAGCUUGUUCUGAUGAGCAUAUAACCAGGCAAAGAGUGAUGAUUAGUCUAGUUACUGUUUUAGUGUUGCACUUUUACUCUUGCUUUAAUCUUUUAGCUGCAAAUACUUUUUUGUGAAUGUUGCAAUACGAGGGUAGUACUCAGGGAUGAGAACAUUUGUUUAACUUUAUCAUGCGUUGUAAUGACAUUAAUAUUCUCAUUUCGAAGUGAUACUAUACC